AUGGCUUCUGUAUUCGCUCUACAAACACAGCUCAAAGAGCUCUCAGCUGCGGUCAGCCAGGUUCAUCCUCUCAUCAAUCGCUUACGGAAUUUCACUGCUGCUAUUGGACAAGGAGAUGAGGCUCGUCUGGAGCUUGGGGCGGAAAUACAUGCUCGACUGAAGGUGACGGAGGAAGAGCUGGAGUUAUUGAAGGUUGACGUGGAUGCGCUGGAGUCUGCCCCGACUAAAAGGAAGGGAGUUGAUGUUGGAGAUAAAGAGGCGGAGAGGGAGAGGGUGGUCGCUAUGACUAAGAGGCUGGAUGAGGAUCUUAAGAGGACAAGAGGAGAGUUCCGAGCUGCUCAGUUACAAGCGAAGCGAAAUGCGGAGGCUGCACAGCGGAAGGAGAGGGAACUCUUAUUAGCGAAGCCGCGUGAUGCUGAAGGGCGUAAGAAGCCGACGGAGAAACUUACGCAGGAUGACCUGGUUGUGAAUGCCUCGAGCGAUGUUACAUUAGCAUUAAGGAGAACAUAUCAGCUGAUGCAGACUGAGUUGUCGAGAAGUCAAUUCGCACAGCAAACAUUAGAACAAUCGACUGCUGCUCUAUCAUCUCUGUCGGAAUCAUACACUAAUCUCGAUACUUUGCUCUCUUCCUCAAGAACUCUCGUGAACUCUCUCCUUCGGUCUCAGAAAUCCGACACGUGGUACCUCGAGACUGCAUUUUACAUCCUGAUCGGCACAAUUACUUGGCUCGUCUUUCGGCGGUUAUUAUAUGGUCCGCUAUGGUGGAUCCUAUGGCUUCCAAUCAAGCUAUUUUACAGGCUUACGUUAACGCUUCUGGGAGCUGUUGGCGCAUCUAGUGCCGGGGCUCAGCUCUCUUCAUCUGCUGCGAUAAGCAGUAGUUCGCCCAUGGCGAUACCCACUGUUGGUUCUGGCCAGGGACAAUAUGUCACAGCCAGCGUUGGAAAUGGAGAGGCUAUUUGGGAACAAGGCACUGCUUUUGCAACGCCCUCAAACCCUGAUAGUGUCGUUGAGCAAGUCGGCCAGAUGGUUGAGGAUAGCCAAAAGCAAGCAGAAGAGAAGGAGGAGACGAAUGUCGAUGACAUCUCGCCUGAGGAGAGGAAACGACAAGAAGAGAUGCCUCGAAAUCCGAAGAAGAGGAUGGCUCGGGCUGCAGCUGCGGCGGCGGCGGCGGGCAGCGCGAAGCACAAGCCUGGAGACAAGGAGGAUCAGUCGCGUUUACAGCCUUGGGUUGAGAAAUACCGGCCAAAAUCUCUAGAUGAUGUCGCGGCACAGGAUCAUACAACAAAAAUACUUCAGAGAACGUUGCAAGCUUCAAAUCUUCCACACAUGCUCUUCUACGGUCCUCCCGGAACUGGUAAAACAUCUACGAUCCUUGCCCUCGCGAAAUCGCUCUUCGGACCCAUCCUAUAUCGAACGCGUAUCCUCGAGCUGAACGCCUCGGAUGAACGUGGAAUCGGCAUCGUACGAGAAAAGAUCAAAGAUUUCGCACGAACGCAACUAUCACAUCCCGCAGGAAUCGACGAAGAGUACCUCAAACAAUACCCCUGCCCUCCAUUUAAGCUUAUCAUUUUGGAUGAAGCGGACAGCAUGACCCAAGAUGCACAAUCGGCGCUCCGUCGAACAAUGGAAACGUACAGUCGCAUUACGCGAUUUUGUCUGAUAUGUAACUACGUGACGCGAAUUAUUGAGCCGCUCGCUAGUCGAUGUAGCAAGUUCCGGUUCAAGGCGCUUGAUGGUGGCGCUGCAGGUGACAGAUUGACUGAAAUCGCCAACGCGGAGAAGCUCAAUCUCGAAGAUGGGGUUGUUGAGAAGUUGCUCCAAUGCAGUGAGGGUGAUCUUCGAAGAGCAAUUACGUAUUUGCAGAGUGCUGCUAGACUGGUUGGGCACACCGGCGGCUCUGGUAAGAAGGAUGGGGAUGAGGACGCAGAGAUGGUAGAUGCGGGAUCAUCGGAACUCAUUACUGUCAGAAUGGUGGAAGAAAUCGCUGGGGUCGUCCCUGAGGGUGUCCUCGACAGGUUGACGCAGGCCAUGCAGCCCAAGAAGAUGGGAUCUGCAUACGAAGCAGUCGCUGCUGUUGUCACAGAUAUUGUGGCUGACGGGUGGAGUGCCACACAGCUUCUCACUCAGUUGUACCGCCGGAUAGUCUUCAAUGAUGCUAUUCCCGACAUCCAGAAGAACAAAAUCGUCAUGGUCUUUUCAGAAAUGGAUAAGCGGCUCGUUGACGGCUCGGAUGAACAACUUUCAAUUCUGGACGUGGCUUUGAGAAUAUCGGGUAUUCUUGGUGGAGCUUAA